AGUACAUCCUGGAUAUAAACGAACUCAUCGAUGAUUGAACUCCAUUUCAUGUCGUACCCUGGCCAUCUGAUCCAUAUCCAAAACUCACACUACCCUGGCAUCGGUGACGAACUCCCAGAUAAUGACUUACAAACAAAUACUACGCACCCUUCCGAGUCUGCGACCGAAAACCGCUUCUCUCUGGACCCCACAUGCUACCUCCAAAUACCCCUGGCUCGCAUCCUCAGUACACGCGACUCAUUCUAAUUCUCACGCGACUACUGCUACUGCCAGUGGGGAUGAAGUAUGAAUUUUUUCCCGUCUUCUUAAACGUAUCCUCGGGUCCCACAAAUGAAGUGUCGUGUCUUACAAGCCUGUCAACAUCAGGAAAACGUGCAACUGCCGUUACGGUGCCCUCGCGAUCUUCUCAAUUUCAAUCAAGUGUGAUACUUAGAACGAGCUGCAACAUCUAACUAGAGACUGAUGGGUCAGCAUGGUCCAUGAGGGUUUGAGGAUUCUGGGCGUCUUGCUGCUGCUGAGGUUUUUCUGUGGGCCCAAAUUGAAGUCCUUCAAUCUUUCACCCGUCUCGUGGAGUGUUCGCCUGUGUGCCACCAUUGCGUCGCUUGCACCACCAUGUCCUUUUCUCGAGGACUUUUUCUUUUCCCCCUGCUUUUUCUUCUUCUCGCACGUGAAAAUGUGCAGUACAUCCCGACUCCAAGAAACUUACACGGUCUCGCAUGAUGCUUCCGAUCCUAUCAUCCAAGGGACUCGACUACUUGGACCUCGGGCAUUCUUGCACAGCGCAUAUUGACGAUACAUUUCUCAGGGAGUUGACCCUGUCUUGCCCAUGCCUUGA